AUGGCCGCAAUACAGAACUUCAAGAACUUCCUCCGCCAUGGGAAGCAAGCUCGCGCCGCGAACUCGCCUCAUGGCGAAGCAACUACCAACGUCUCCAACGUGCACGCUCAGCAGCAACGCUACAACAACAACAACAACUACGCGCCUCCGCCGCCCGCCGACCAUCACUACGCGCUCAGCGAUCCGAAUGUGCUGCAGCACAAGCCGUUACAGGCCAACGCCUACGCCGGUGACUACUCCGCUGCUGUCAUCGACAACCGGAACGUCGCCGCCAGAGCUGGAGACGCUGCUGCCAGAGCUGCUGGCGAUCAUCAAAAAGCCCAGGUACACGACAAAGCAGGAGCGGUAGACCGGAAAGCAGACUACGAUCCAACCGUGCUCGAGCGCAUCAUCGCCGAAGAACGGGAGAGCAAAGGAAAGCUGCCAAGGUACCCCGGUCUCGAGCGGUGGACACUGCUGGAGAAGAUGGGAGACGGCGCAUUCAGCAACGUGUACCGGGCAAAGGACAACACUGGCCAGUACCCCGAGUGUGCCAUCAAAGUCGUUCGCAAAUUUGAGAUGAACUCAAGUCAGCGGGCCAAUAUCCUCAAGGAGGUGCAGAUCAUGCGGCAGCUAGAUCAUCCCAACAUCGUCAAGCUCAUCGAGUUCUCCGAAUCGCGACAAUAUUACUACAUCAUCCUCGAGCUGUGUCCUGGCGGCGAGCUCUUCCAUCAGAUCGUCCGCCUCACCUACUUCAGCGAAGACCUGUCUCGACAUGUCAUUGUGCAAGUGGCGAAGGCACUAGAGUAUCUGCACGAGGAAGCCGGCGUAGUACAUCGUGACAUCAAACCCGAAAACCUCUUGUUUUACCCAAUCCCCUUCAUACCGACAAGGAAUCCGAAGCCAAAGGGUCCUGAGGAUGAAGACAAGGCCGACGAGGGCGAGUUCAUCAAGGGUCAGGGAGCUGGCGGUAUUGGCGUCAUCAAGAUUGCCGAUUUCGGGUUAUCCAAAGUCAUCUGGGACAGUCAGACGAUGACACCUUGUGGCACCGUAGGCUACACGGCGCCAGAGAUUGUCAAGGAUGAGCGAUACUCCAAGAGUGUUGACAUGUGGGCGAUGGGAUGCGUUCUCUAUACCCUUCUCUGCGGCUUUCCUCCAUUCUACGACGAAAGCAUUCAGACGCUCACCGAAAAGGUCGCACGCGGACAGUACACCUUCCUCUCGCCCUGGUGGGAUGACAUCUCCAAGUCUGCUCAAGAUCUUGUCAGCCACCUGUUGACCGUGGAUCCCGAGGAGCGGUACGAUAUCAAGCAAUUCCUAAACCACCCGUGGAUCCGUGAAAGCGGAGAAGAGACAACAGCUGCAGCAGACGCUCCUCCACUCGCCACGCCGCUCUACGCGCGCCAAGGAAAGAAGAGCAACGACAUGACGCCGUUGCAGCCAGACUUCGCCUACCUUGAGUCGCCCGGAGCUCGCCGCAUGGACUUCCGGUCUCCUGGCGCAGUCAACCUCCGUGAGGUCUUUGACGUCAGCUACGCCGUGCAUCGUCAGGAAGAAGAGGGCAAACGCCGCAAGAACUUCAAGCAAGGUUACCGUGGCGCGAACGCCAUGAACAGUCUGAACGCACUCGAUGAGGAUGAGGAGAUGGACGAAGACUUCGUCGAGAGCGUACCGUAUGAUCCUCGACAGCAGAAUCUCCCAGCCAAGCUACCGAAGAGCCAAGCGGCGGACGUCAGCGCCAUGGAACAGAAGAUGCGGAAUACGUCGCUGAGCGCAGCCGCACAGGCCCGGCAACAAGGCGCGCCGAGACAGGAACAAAAGGGCUACGGUCAGCAUAGUGCUGCCGUUGCGGCGGCAGCUAAGAGACAGGUACGGAAUAAGGGCGCCUUUGAGCUGACUCUGGAUAACUCGACGUUGUUGGGCAGGAGACAGAAGAAAGAGGCAAACAUGAGCAGCCUGAAUCAGCAGGUCAUGACAUGA